GCGAGGCCGAAGCCGGCCCCGCCGAAGCCGUCGCGGGCGCCGACGGGCUUCUUCUCCGACCUCGUCACGGUGUCCCGCGCGAGAUGUGCGCCGGCGGCGGCGAUGGUGGGGUGCUGCCCCCUGUCGCUCAUCAUCUCGACGCUCCCGCAGGCCGGCAAGAAGAUACGCGGCAGCGUCCGCUUGAGCAUCCCGGCGACGAACAUCGUGGAGGCGAUGCAGGUGCACGUCGAGCACCUGCACCGCUCUGCCGGGCUGUGGCACGCCGGGGCCGAGGCGGACGCGGGCGGCGCGCCCGCCCCCGAGGCUGCCCUGCGGGUGGGAGGGGCGAGCGCCCUCGGCCCGAGGUGCGCCGAGGCGGUGCCACCGCCCAGGGCCGCGGAGGACCUCGACUCGAGGUUUGGUGGGCCUUCUCUUCUUCGCGAGGAGCCAGAGUCGAGGACGCGGGCGCGGAGUAGCUCUGGCGGCGCGCCGCCUUCCUGGCGGGAUCGGCCAGAGGCGGUGGCUGCAGCGACCCAGGGCUGUGCCGGCGCGGGCGCCCCGGAGCGCUGGGAGCCCCUGCCGGUGUGCUCGAAGUGCAUGCUCGGGAGGGUCGUCGCGAGCCUCGAGAGGGCCGUAUCGAGCCCGAUGGAGCAGGUGGCGAUGCAGGUCCUCGCCAGGCACGUCGUACGCCUUGGCGGCUCCGGGCCCGGCCUCGAGGGCGCCGUGCUCCGCGCGUGUCGCAGGGCCCCGCCGGGCUGCGGGCGGUGGCGGCGCUGGGAGUUCCUGUCCCGGCAGUCUGGGCUUCGGGCCUACCUGGAGGAGAAGUGGCGCGUCGAGCAGGUGUACGCCAGGUGCGGGCGCGCCAUGCGGCGCAGCGACGAGGAGGUGAAGGCGCUGGGGCUCCUUGAGGACGCCACGACGCCGAGCGCGGCGCCGGAAGUCUGCGCGGACCCGUGA